AUGAGUCCAUCGACCGCUAUCUCCUACAGCGAGGCUUCCAAUGAUACCAACACUCAUGCUCGCAUAUGGAAGGGCAAUGCAGAGCAAAUGCCUUCCACAGUAUCCACUACGAGCAGCGCUACAAUUUCGUCUGAGUCCGAAAAUAAGGGUGGCGACUACAUUCGCGAUCUCAGUUUCCCACAUGUGUUUGAGAAGAACGAGAUCCACAAAGCAUUGUUGGAAUGCAUGCGUCAAGGAGAAAAAUGGCAGCUUGAUUUGGAACGUGUCCACGGAUUUACCGAGGCAGAGUCCUGCGAAGGUUUCAGCCGCACAGGAAAGUAUCUCUAUUGCGACGAGUUUCCAGAGGAUGCUGUGAACAAAAAGCUGUUUCCGCAUGCCAAGGAGGGGUGGAUCCUCCUGAAAGAGACGGAUUGCAUGGGCCGAAAUUACCCGAAGGAGCUCAUAGACUUGGACAGCCUUGUGGCGAUCAAUGGCAAGUGUUUUGGCGAAUUCUGA